GAAGUGCUCGUCAGUUUUCGAAGUAGGAGCCAUGGCGACAACAGCUCAGUAUAUUCCGAGGAAUAACUCCUUACCGUCUAACCCGCUCAUGCAUCCGGAUUCGGAUAGGAUGCAUCAGGGGACGACCUACAGAGAGGUGCAGAAAAUGAUGCACCACGAGUACUUGCAAGGGCUAGCGGCUACCAACACGGGACACCCGAUGAGCCUGACGCACCACCAGUGGCUGCCCACCUCCAACACCGACUGGUCCAGCGGCACCCACGUCGGACAGCAGGAGCACAAAGCCUCUGUGCAGGCUACCCGGGAGGACCUGAGCAGCGGCUUCCACCACAGAUCUCACCUGGUGCACCAGCAGACGCAGAGUAGCCACCAUGGUUCGUGGGCACCGACCACGACGCACCACUUAUCCACUCUCUCCCCAACAUCUAACGGCCACCAGUCACUGGUCUACUCGCAGCCUGGAUACACAAACCUUAACGCAAUGCUGAGUCCCCAGCCCGGUGCCCUACACCAUGGCAUGCGGGACCCGCUCCACGACGAGUCGGGCAGCCACGACAACCAGAUGGAGUCGCCCCAGCAGGCGUUCAGUCACCACCAGGACCACUCGGACGAGGACGCGCCCAGCUCCGACGACCUGGAGCAGUUCGCCAAGCAGUUCAAGCAGCGGCGAAUCAAACUGGGCUUUACGCAGGCGGACGUGGGCUUGGCCUUAGGCACCCUGUAUGGAAACGUCUUUUCUCAGACCACAAUCUGCAGGUUUGAGGCGCUGCAGCUCAGCUUCAAGAAUAUGUGCAAACUUAAGCCGCUCUUAAACAAGUGGCUGGAGGAGACAGACUCAAACACGGGCAGUCCCACCAAUUUGGACAAGAUUGCAGCGCAGGGCAGGAAACGAAAGAAGAGGACCUCCAUUGAAGUGGGGGUGAAAGGGGCGCUGGAAAAUCAUUUCUUAAAAUGCCCAAAGCCGUCUGCUCAUGAAAUCACCAGUUUAGCCAACACUCUGCAGUUGGAAAAAGAGGUUGUCCGUGUUUGGUUUUGCAACAGAAGACAGAAAGAGAAAAGAAUGACACCAAUUGGGGUCCCUCACCCGAAUAUGGAGGACGUAUAUUCCCAAGCAGAGACCCCUCCUCUACACCGCACACUACAGAGUCCUGUACAGUGACUGUUUUCAUGAACAAUCCGAGCAUUUCCGCGGGGGGAUAGAAAAGGGAAAGGGACUAUGGAGUUUACAGUAUUUAAGUUUGGCUUUUGUUUUCCUGACAGAAAAGAGACUUGGAAAAGUUGAACAGAUGAGUUUUACCCUUAGUAUUCGGAGAUCGUCGUGUCCAGCAAAUAGAUGGCAAGAGUGAAAAUGUUAAGAAGAUUAAAAAAAAAUCAAGAAAAAAAAGACAAAAAAAAAA